AUGGCGGCAGCCUUCGUUGUUUUUUCAGCCUGCUUGUUGAUGAUGAAUGGCCUCGGAGACGCGCGUUGCAUGGAAAUUAGCGAUGAAAGCCGAAGCUUUCUUGUCGAUACCAGGCUCCGCAACCACACGGAGAGUGUUGUCUUCGUCGCUCGGAUACACUUUCCUGGUGCUCCAAACGUCUUCACCUCCAUAAUAAUAGUCUUGAUCUCUACGGCCCUUCUUUGCUUUGAAGAAACUGAAGAAGGAGAAGGACUUCUUGUGCUUGUUCCCAGCCAUAGCUAUCUGUUUUUUGCAAUCUAUACACUGCGUUUUAGGAGGGAUGAGGCAUACGAAGAGUCACUUAUUGAGGAUUUGGCUGAAGAUUUUCGCUUGCCAAUUAAUCACAAGCCAACAGAGAAUGUUCAUCUGGAUAAUGUGCAACAAGCUACAGUGGAUACAAGGUUGAAUUCUUCAAAUGUUGGGUUUAGACUUCUUCAAAAAAUGGGUUGGAAAGGAAAAGGUCUUGGGAAGGAUGAACAGGGAAUAACCGAGCCUAUAAGAUCUGGGAUUAGAGAUCCAAAAUUAGGGAUUGGAAAACAAGAAGAAGAUGAUUUCUUCACUGCUGAAGAAAAUAUCCAGCGUAGGAAACUUGAUAUUGAGGUUGAGGAGACCGAGGAACAUGCAAAGAAGAGAGAGGUGUUAGCAGAACGUGAGCAGAAGAUUCAAACGGAGGUGAAAGAAAUACGCAAGGUGUUUUAUUGUGAGCUUUGCAACAAGCAAUACAAAUUGGCUAUGGAAUUUGAGGCCCAUCUGAGUUCAUAUGAUCACAACCACAGAAAGCGCUUUAAAGAAAUGCGAGAAAUGCACGGAAGUAGCAGUCGUGAUGAUAGACAAAAGCGGGAGCUGCAACGUCAAGAAAGAGAGAUGGCUAAGUUUGCUCAAAUGGCUGGUUCUCGUAAACAGCAGCAGCACCAGGAGUUACAGGAGGAAUCUGGGCCUGCCACUGCUCCUGCUGCUGCCACUGCGACCGCACUUGCUGAUCAGGAUCAGCGAAAGACGUUGAAGUUUGGUUUUUCUUCUAAAAGCAGCAGUUCUAAGAAUGCAUCGAGUAGUGCAGCGAAGAAACCAAAAGUAGCUGUUGCUUCCGUUUUCGGGAAAGACUGUGAUGAUGAAUAGAAAAACUUAGAAUUUUUAUCUCCUUGGGGAUGUUUGUGUUAAGUAAUUGCUUGCAUAAUCUUUAAAAGAAUGUUUUGACAGUGAUGGCCAAAAUGCGACAUUUUAAUGUAUUUGAUGUUGUCUAUUAGACAUUUACGUGAAGUAUGUACGAGUUGUGGAACAAAAGACAAAUUAUCAGUUAUAAGA